CGGGUGUGUUUGAAUCCUGUCGGAGCGCGGGAAACGGAAGGAGCCCGCGAAGAGUGACCGCCGCGCCCAACUGCAGAAGAGAGCCCUGCUGUGGGGACGGUGGCUGGAUGGCGAGAUGACCCCUGACCUGGAAAGCUGCCCUCCAGCCCCGGGACAAGGUCUUGAACACCAAUAGUCUGAGAAGCCGGAGUGUCGCGGCAAGAGGGAGACCCAGUGAAGAGGCCGACCGGCGAAUGUGAGCUCCAGUAUGAUUUGUUCCCUACUAGGGGCACUAAAUGCCUGUGGACCGGUUUCAUCUGUCAUGGAAAAACGGGAGACAUUUGUCCAAGCGGUGUCGAAGGAGCUGGUUGGAGAGUUUCUGCGAUUUGUUCAACUUGAUAGAGAUGCCUCUGACCCCUUCAGCCUCAGCGAGUUACUAGAGGAACUAUCGCGGAAACAGAAGGAGGAGUUAUGGCAGAGGCUGAAGGCCUUGCUCACGGAUGUGCUGCUGGAGAGCCCCGUGGAGGCGUGGCAGGCGGCGGGCGAGGCCGCGGACACGGCGCCUGGCUCCAAGACGAGAAAGCACUUGGACAUCAUUCACGCCGUUACAUCUGUCCUCCUUGCUUCUGUGUCUGUGAUCAACGACAGUGAGGACUACGAAGCCCUGCUGGACUGCGCCGUCAUCGUGAACGGUGUGCUGUAUGCCUUACCCGAGUCUGAGCACAAGCUGCGGAGUGCCAUCCAGGACCUGUGCGUCACGUGGUGGGAGAGAGGCCUGCCUGCCAGGGAGGACAUGGGCAAGACGGCGUUCGUCCUGUUGCUGCGGCGGAGUCUCCAGACGAGGACGGGUGCAGACAUCUGUCGGCUCUGGCGUAUGCACCAGGCGCUGUACUGCUUCGACUACGACCUGGAGGAGAGCAGGGAGAUGAGGAACCUGCUGCUGGAGUGCUCCGUCAGUGUGGCCUGCCUGCGCAAGGAGGAGGGAAGAAGAUUUCUUAGUUCUCUCUUCAAUUGGAAUGUAAACUUUAUUAAAAUGAUCCAUGGGACCAUUAAAAACCAGCUACAGUGGUUGCCAAAGUCUCUGAUGGUGCACCUUGCAGAGGUUUAUUUCAGAGCUUGGAAAAAGGCUUCGGGGAAGAUAUUGGAGACCAUCGAGAACGACUGCAUCCAGGACCUCAUGUUCCACGGGCUCCACCUCUCCAGGACGUCCCCGGUGCACCCCAGAGUGCGCGAGAUGCUGAGCUACUUCCACCACCAGAAGAAGGUGCGGCAGGGCGUGGAUGAGAUGCUCUACCGGCUGUACAGGCCCCUCCUGUGGCGAGGACUGAAGGCCAGGAGCUCCGAGGUACGGGCCAAUGCUGCCCUGCUGUUCGUGGACGCGUUUCCCAUCAGGGACCCCAGCUUCCACGCCAGCGAGAUGGACAACGAGAUUCAGAAGCAGUUCGAGGAACUCUACAGCCUUCUGGAAGACCCUUGCCCAGCCGUCCGCUCCACGGGGGUCCUCGGGGUUUGUAAAAUAGCUUCCCGCUACUGGGAUGUGAUGCCUCCGGCCAUCCUUGUUGACCUCCUGAAGAAAGUGACGGGGGAGCUGGCCUGGGACGCCAGCUCAGCCGAUGUGCGCUGCGCCGUCUUUAAGUGUCUCCCCAUGGUCCUGGACAACAAGCUCAGCCACCCGCUGCUGGAGCAGCUCCUGCCCACACUCAGAUACAGUCUCCACGACAACUCGGAAAAAGUGCGAGUGGCUUUUGUGGACCUGCUGCUGAAGGUCAAAGCAGCCAGGGCUGCUAAGUUCUGGAAGAUUUGCCCCAUGGACCACAUUCUGGCUCGCCUGGAGAUAGACUCCCGCCCCGUGGCUCGGCGCCUGGUGAGCCUCAUCUUCAACUCCUUCCUGCCUGUGAACCUGCCGGAGCGGGCCUGGUGCGAGCGCUGCGUCACGCUGCUCCAGAUGAACCCUGCAGCUGCCAGAAGGUUCUAUCAGCACGCCCAUGAGCAUACCGCCUGCACCAACAUAGCAAAGCUGAUCCAUGUCAUCCGCCAUUGCCUCAAUGCCUGCAUCCGAAAGGCUGCCAGAGAGUGCGAAGGGGGCGACGCGGAGAGGGAGCCCCAGGACCUGAGUGUUCUGGACCAGACGCUGUCAGUCAGUGACGUGGCUUCAAUGGCUGGGUUACUAGAAGUCGUAGUGAUUCUCUGGAAGAGCAUUCAUAGGAGCAUGGACAGCAACAAGGAGGCCAGAGUCUACACCAUCGACAGGUUUGCUGCCGCGCUGCCCGAAUACCUGAGAGUGUUCCAGGAUGACCGCUGCAAGACUCCUUUGUUCAUCCUCAUGUCCUUCAUGCCGGCAUCUGCGGUCCCCCUCUUCAGCUGCAGCGUCGUCUCCACACUGAGGGGCCAGGAUGAGAGUGCCACUGACAAGGCCUACGGCACCCUGCUGGACUGCCUGUGCUCCUGGGGCCACGUCGGGCACGUCCUGGAGCUCGUGGACAGCUGGCUGCCACAGAAGCAGCCCCAGACCCAGAGUCGCUCGGCAUCGAAGCGUAAGGCGCAGGUCCGUGCUGUGCGCCCCAGCAAGCCUGGCUUAGCGCUGGCAUACAUCGAGUACCUGCUGACUCACACGGGCAACCGCCAGCGCCUGCUCUCGGCCCCCCGCAAGAAGCUUCACCGUCUUUUGAAAGCACUUGAGGUGUCCAAGGCAGAUCUGGAAUCCCUCCUGCAGUCGCCAGCCGGGGCACCUCGUACCUUCGACGAAGCCACCACCCUGCGAGCCUUCAGUCUCUUCUGCCGCCUGAGCGUCCACCUGCAGCGCAAGUUCUGCUCGGAGGAAAACGUGUGUCUGUCUGAUUUGGAGGACACUGGGCUGUGGUUGGAAAGCAGAGUUUUACCUCUGAUUCGAGAUCAAGAGGAAGAGUACCUGGAGCAUCACAGGACCCUUCACCAGCAGAUCAUCCAGACCUACCUGACUGUGUGCAAAGAUGUUGUCAUGGUCGGCCUGGGAGGCCCCGAGUUCCAGAUGCGGCUUUUACAGCGGAGUCUCGGCAUCAUGCAGACAGUGAAGGGCUUUUUUUAUGUUUCACUACUUCUUGGCAUUCUGAAGGAGGUAACCAGAAGUUUCUUGACUCAGAAAACAGACUCAGAGAAAGCUGCAGCCUUGUUUGACACAGUCCCGAAAGUGUUUCAGAAGAUGUUGGAAUGUAUUGCUCGGAGCUUCAGGACACAGCCGGAAGAAAGCCUGCAGCUCCUCUGUUCUGCGCAGACCCCCCUCCAUGAGUUCUUGACCACCCUACAGUCCCGGCAUGCGCACUCGCCCGCCCACCGGGGUGUGCUGUCCACGCUGAUUGCUGCGCCCGUGGUUGAGAUCAGCCACCAGCUGCGCAAGGCUUCUGACAUGGAGACGCUGACCCCACCAGAGCGGCUUUCUGACCUCCCUCCAUUUUCACGGUGUCUGAUGGGAAUAAUAAUGAAGUCUCCCAACGUGGUCAGGUCAUUUCUGGACGAGCUGAAGGCGUGUGUGACCUCAGACGACAUCGAGGGCAUCGUGUGUCUUACAGCUGUCUUGCACAUCAUCCUGGUGAUCCACAGAGGUAAACAGAGGAGUUCAGAGGUGACAGAGGUCGCAACUGCUGUCUACAGAAAACUGAAGACGUUCAUGGAGAUCACGUUGGAGGAGGAGAGCAUUGAAAGGUUUCUCUAUGAGUCGUCCAUGAGGUCUCUGGGGCAGCUGCUGAAUCCCUAGCAAACCCCGUGCUCGGGAGAGAGGACCCCAGGAGUGCAGCACACGCGUCUUUUCCUGACAGCAUGAGCUUGUGCAGCGGGGAGGGGUGGGGCUUGCUGAGCAGGGGCUCGAGGCUCUUACACGCCUGCUCUUCGCCACGUAAGUAACGUGUCUGGUGUCAGAUGUCCAUGCACAGAAAUUCGUGAUGAGGAGAAAGGCACUUUCCCAGCAAACCUGGUUGUUUUUAAAAUGACUUUUAUAUAUAAAGCUGUUCCCGAACUAUGAACAUUAAAGUGGUGACCACAGCUCUUUGUCCACUUUACUGCGAAGUCU